GUAACAAUUGACAACAAAUGACAGAAAAUCAAAGAAUUCAUCCAGUUGUGGACAUGGAAGCACCACCACCAGCAAGAACAACACGUCCUUUAGUGCCUGGAGGCUCGUUAAAAUCAGAAAAAGGUGAUCCAACGCGGCUUCAGCAACCAACAGUGAACCAGCCAUUCAGACGUACCGUUCCUGUAAUGUAUUCAAGACCACCCACUAAGAAGAGAAGUUGCUUUUGCAAAUGCAUUUGCUGGACAAUUAGCCUCAUCAUACUCCUACUCAUCAUUAUUGCAGCAAUUGCUGGCAUUCUUUACCUUGUUUUCAAACCAAAAAUCCCUCAGUACUCUGUGGACAACCUCAGAAUAUCAGACUUGAGGCUAAAUUUCGACAUGAGCCUCUAUGCAAGAUUUAAUGUCAGAAUCACUGCUGUGAACCCAAACAAGAAGAUUGGAAUCUACUAUGAGAAAGGAAGUCAUUUGAGUGUGUGGUACAAGAACACACAGCUCUGUAAAGGGUCUCUUCCCAAGUUCUACCAAGGUCAUCAGAACAGAACAGUACUCGAUGUGGCCUUAACUGGGCAAUCACAAUAUGGUAAUACAUUGAUGUCUGCAAUUCAAGAGGCAGCACAAACUGGAAGAAUCCCAUUAGAUCUUAAGAUUCAAGUCCCAGUUAGCGUUAAACUUGGGAAGCUCAAGUUGAGAAAGGUGAAAAUAUUGGGAGAUUGCUUGCUGAUUGUCGAUAGCCUCUCUACUAAUAGUUUGGUCCGAAUUAAGUCCAGUACUUGCAAGUUUGGAUUGAAGCUCUAAAAGCUUCUGCUUUGUAUUCAACAUGUUUGUUAGUAUUUAAUUUAGACUUCUAGUUCA